AUGAGGGCAGCACUUGCUUUAGUGUUAGCAGUAUUGCAGCUUUGUGCAUCACCUCUGCACUCAGUCCCCACGCCAGAUCUUACUGCAGAAAACAAGAACCAUCUAAACAUUGCUUUGGGGGAUGUGGUCCCACCUCUUGAUGCCUGGACUACAGUCGUAAAUUCUGAUUCUCCUCCAGAGUUAGAAUACAAGGAAGAGGGGGGCUCAGCGUUCAUGUUUCAGGAAAAUGUCAACUUAAAAUGGGUUAGCUGGGAAGGCUCACUUCCAAAUGGGGCAGUAGGCAUCUACAAUGGUUAUGCAGGACGCAAUGACUUUGUUUGCAAAUUCAACUGUGAGGCUGGAUUUUUCAACCCAAGCAAAGGCCCAUACUGCAAAUAUCCUUAUGCAGAUGCUGAAUACACGGCCUCUAAGUUUGAGGUGUUGGUCAAUGAGGACCAUUUUGAGUUCCUUGAAUGGAAACAAGGCUCCUAUGGUUCUGUGGCCGAACACUCGGUGAAGACUUGUCCUGGAAUUGACAUCUUUGUUGGCAAAAACAAAUAUGGGCUUGGCAAAAUUGUUACUAAACAUGAGGCUUUCUUCCUGCCUUGGGAAGGCAAGGAGUACUGGUACAAAUCAUAUGAUGCCCUGGCCAUUAACAGAGACACCUACAACCAGCAAAUCUCCAAUGUUGUUUAUGCAAUUGACCAGGUCAAGUUAUUCCAUCAUCCACCAGAGACCAUUCAAAUGGCCAGGGGCACCAACUAUGAGUGCUCCAGCAUUGAGAAGACAGUCCUUUUGCAGAAAUCUAGCACUGUAGAGAAGUUCUGGGACAUUGGUAGAGAAACCCGCAAUGGAUCCAUCUCAACCAUGAAAGGGAAAAUCCCAAUCAUCAACCCAGACAAUGUCGACUUCACCAAGGAGCAAACAGUAAGUUUUUCUGAGGGAACAAGGAUGGUGGAGACUAUCAGCCACUCCAUGUCUGUACAGGUCUUGGUCCCACCAAACCAUUCAUGCUUGGUGAGAAUGGAGGCGAGAAGGAUGACUGCUGAUAUCCCGUUCACAGCCCGGCUGAGUCGUACAUACGCCAAUGGAAACACUCACUGGACCACUGUCACUGGGACAUAUGAUGGUGUGAAGAUUGGAGAAAUUAAUGCUGUGGUGGAACGCUGUACUCCUAUCCCUGAUGCCCCACCAUGUUUUAGUGAAAAUGAAUAAGGGCAAAGGAUCUUCCCUUAUCAUGCCCACAUUUGCAUGACUGAUAAU